AUGUCCACUUUUGCGUGGUAUAUUCGCGUUCACGAUGAUAAUUUGAAAUGGGACAGUAAAAACUACGAACAAGGGGACCCUGAUCAUGGAGAAGCCGAGUUACAGGGACUUGACAACGAACUAGAAUGCCAGGACAUUGAUUUCGCUGAAUUAUUUGAUGCCUACGAACCAGAAUUCCGGGCUUGUAAUGCAGCUGAACGCCAUGAAGAUAACAAACCGGAAUGCCAGGAACACGACGUCGCUGAUCACCACACUGUCAACGAAUCGAAAUGCCAGGACCUUAAUUUCGUUGAGCACUACGACAACAACAAGAUGGAAUGUCAGAAACUUGAUGUUGCUUUACACCACGACGACAGCAAACCCAAAUUUCAGGAACAUGAUGUCGCUUUACACCAUGACAACGAACGGGCAUGCCAGGAAAUUGACGUAGCUGAACGCCAUGACGACAUCGAACGGGCAAUCCAGGACCUUGACUUAGCUGAACGCCAUGACGACAUCGAACGGGGAUGCCAGGACCUUGGCUUGGCUGAACACCAUGACGAAAACGAACGGGCAUGCCAGGAUCUUGACGUAACUGAACGCCACGAUCACAAUGAACUAGAGUGCCAAAGCGACGACGCAAAAAGUAUUUGUCGACCUAUCAGCCGUGCAUCCUCCUUUGAUGAUUGGAUUGAAUCAAACCACGAGGAAAUCGCUGCCCAUUACAUGGAAACGUCGGAUUGGGAGGAAGAUCUUAUCCCACUUGAUGACUCAGAUGAACCAAUAGGCGCUUCGUCGGAUGGUGAGGUCGAUUAUGACAGCGAUGAGUGCGCCUACUUUAUGGAACGCUGGAUCGAUGAGUUACAGCAGUUGCGGGCUCUCAGGUCGGUGCUGAUGAAUUUGUGGGUAGCAGUGUGCGUGCGAACCUGGUGUCUCCACAACAAAAUUGGGCACAACCAGGAGCCUUCCCUUCAACCGAAGCGGAACAUGCAGAAGUCUGUCAGAGCCCCCGCGGGAACGGGUGGAGUUAGGUUGGGCAAGAAGGCUGGGGGCAGCGCGCCUAACUACUACAACCGAUUGCACCGAGAACUCAGCGCUGUUUCAUUAACUGCGAGGGGCGAGUCACUUGUGCCUGCCAACACAUCGCCCUAUUGCCAUAAAAUUUGCCUGGAAUAUUCCUGCAUUGGCACCGGAAUCUCCCGGAUUGGCUUCAGGAACGGGCGUGCGUGGGACUAUCAGCAGACAAGUGAACAAUCAACAAUGGCAAGAAACAGGACACCGAGGGUGUCCGAUGAAGCCGCACUGCAACACAAUGCGCAAUCGAUUACAGGGUCCGAUCGCUGCGCAACCACAGAACCAUCUUUCGUGGAGACCCUCCAGUGUGGUGAGUGGGUAGUGGAGGUGCGUGCGCCCUGCAGUGGCUCCUUGACAGUGCAAGAAUCGGCCGUAGAGUGA